AGGUGAAAUGCUUUGGGUAAGCAUUCCAUGGCUGUGAAGAUGGCGGCUGCUGCGUGGCUUCAGGUGUUGCCUGUCAUUCUUCUUCUUCUGGGGGCUCAGCCGUCCCCAUUGUCGCUUUUCGGUGCAGGACCGACACCCGUAUCUGCUGCCGACCGAUCGAAGUGGCACAUCCCGAUACCGUCGGGGAAAAAUUAUUUUAGUUUUGGAAAGAUCCUCUUCAGAAAUACCACUAUCUUCCUAAAAUUUGAUGGAGAACCUUGUGAUCUGUCUUUGAAUGUAACCUGGUAUCUGAAAAGUGCUGAUUGUUACAAUGAAAUCUACAACUUCAAGGCAGAAGAAGUAGAGACGUAUUUGGAAAAACUUAAGGAAAAAAGAGGCUUGUCUGGGAAAUAUCAGACAUCAUCGAAAUUGUUCCAGAACUGCAGUGAACUCUUUAAAACACGGAGCUUUUCUGGGGAUUUUGUGCAUCGACUACCUCUUUUAGGAGAAAAACAGGAGGCUAAGGAGAAUGGAACAAAUCUUACCUUUAUUGGGGACAAAACUGCAAUGCAUGAACCGUUGCAAACUUGGCAGGAUGCACCAUACAUUUUUAUUGUACAUAUUGGCAUUUCAUCCUCAAAGGAAUCAUUAAAAGAAAAUUCUCUGAGUAAUCUAUUUACCAUGACUGUUGAAGUGAAGGGUCCCUAUGAAUACCUCACACUUGAGGACUAUCCAUUGAUGAUUUUUUUCAUGGUGAUGUGUAUUGUAUAUGUCCUGUUUGGUGUUCUUUGGCUGGCAUGGUCUGCCUGCUACUGGAGAGAUCUUCUGAGAAUUCAGUUUUGGAUUGGUGCUGUCAUCUUCCUGGGAAUGCUUGAGAAAGCUGUCUUCUAUGCAGAAUUUCAGAAUAUUCGAUACAAAGGAGAAUCUGUCCAAGGUGCCUUGAUCCUUGCAGAGCUGCUUUCAGCAGUGAAACGCUCACUGGCUCGAACACUUGUUAUUAUAGUCAGUCUGGGAUAUGGCAUAGUUAAGCCUCGUCUUGGAGUUACUCUUCACAAAGUUGUGGUAGCAGGAGCCCUCUAUCUUUUGUUCUCUGGCAUGGAAGGGGUCCUCAGAGUUACUGGGUAUUUUUCUCAUCCCUUGGCUCUGAUAGUAUACCUGGCCCUAUCAGCAAUUGAUGCCUGUAUUAUUUUAUGGAUAUUUAUUAGCCUGACUCAAACAAUGAAGCUAUUAAAACUUCGGAGGAACAUCGUAAAACUCUCUUUAUACCGACAUUUCACCAACACACUUAUCUUGGCAGUGGCAGCUUCUAUUGUAUUUAUCAUCUGGACAACCAUGAAAUUCAGGAUAGUGACUUGUCAGUCGGACUGGCGGGAGCUGUGGGUAGAUGAUGCCAUCUGGCGGUUGCUGUUCUCCAUGAUCCUCUUUGUCAUCAUGAUUCUCUGGCGACCAUCUGCAAACAACCAGAGGUUUGCCUUUUCACCAUUGUCUGAGGAAGAAGAGGAAGAUGAACAAAAGGAACCUAUGCUGAAAGAAAGCUUUGAAGGAAUGAAAAUGAGAAGUACUAAACAAGAACCAAAUGGAAAUACUAAAGUAAACAAAGCACAGGAAGAUGAUUUGAAGUGGGUAGAAGAGAAUGUUCCUUCUUCUGUGACAGAUGUAGCACUUCCAGCCCUUCUGGAUUCAGAUGAGUUCUUUCUAGUGUUGAUUGGUGUGGCUAAAUCUUUGUACACAUUGUUGGAUCUUCAAGUUAAAUUCCUGAAUUAGAGGAGGAACGAAUGAUCACACACUUUGAAAGGUCCAAAAUGGAGUAAGGAAUGGGAAGACUUGCAGUUGAAGAUGGCUAGUAUCAGGGAAGAGAUCAGCUUCUGGGUCAGUCUUCUACACUGCUCCAUGAAAUUAAAGGAGGCAAUGAAAUCCUGAUCUGUUCCUUCAUCUUUGUGCAUUGGAGCUGGCAAGAGGUGUCAAAACAAGGAGAACAUCUUACUGAAAACAAGUUCACAGGAUGUGAAAAAUCUACGAGCUUCUUAUUUACAACAUUGAUGCCCCUUUCCCUCCCCAAACCCUGACAUGGAUGUUUAUGCAACUUAUGUGUGUUGUUCCUGAACUUUGUAUGUUUCAGUUGUUUAAUCUGUCAAACUAAAAAGUUUAACAUCUUCUAUAGGAGUAUGUCAUCAACACCAUAAUAUGUACUCUCCAGGAGCAACUGCCUGUAAUUUUUAUUUAUUUAGGGAGUUACAUAGUGAUGGGGGAAACUUAAUUAUCUUUCAGUUUCCUGGGAAUUCAAGGUUAUGUCUUGCAGAUGUAAUUUUAAGAAAAAGGGGCCCUUUUGAGUUAAGGAGCUAUGGUUCUAUGAAUGAUUAACAGAAAAAAAAAAGAAACUGUUACAGUGUGAUUCAGAUCAUUUAAAAAAGAAAAAUCAAGUGCAAUUUUGUUUACAAAUGGUGUAUAUUAAAGAUUUUUCUAUUUCAGAUGUACUUUAAAGAGAAAUAUUAGCUUAACUCUUUUGACAUCUGCUAUUGUGACACAUCCCAUUGCUGGCAAUGUGGUGCACACUCCGAAACUUUUAACUACUGUUUUGUAAGCCUCCAAGGGUAGCAUUGCAGUGUCCUAGGCAGUGCUUUGUUUGCUUUCUUGCCUCAUUCACUGGGUGUGGCACUAAAUUUAGAGAAGCACUCCAUUCCAUCUAGGUGCUGUGAUUAAGCACCCUGCUAGAGGGACUGUAAUGCUUCAGAAGAGGAAGCUUAUAUAAAGGAAAUAGGUGCUGCUGGCUUAAUUUAAACAGUUACCCUUGCAUGUAGUGUGGAGGCCCUGGACUGCUGCUUGUUCUUUGGAAUUGACUGUUCUAGUAUCUGGUUGGUUUAGAGACUGUUUAUAAGGGGCAUCACAAGGUGAUGGGAUUCAUUUGAAGCACUAUAUUUCUGUUUUAAUAUCCAAUUUUGCCUUCCCAAGAUUUUUGUUCUACAUAAAAAGUUCAUGCCAUUUUUUAAUAUAAAAAAUUUUAACAAAAUUAA